ACCAAGUUACCAACAAUAGGCCCCCAUAUAGAGCUUGACCUAAAUUGCACCUCUCCAGCUUCAGAUCAGGCUGACAAAUUGUCAUUUCGUGAGCUGUCCUACUGCAGAUUGGUGAGCUGGUCCCUGUAUAUCAAAGUCUGUGUCAAAAACUUGAUUUUCAUCACAUUUUUUACAAGAAGAGAACACAAAAUGACUCAUGUCUCAGGUGAUGAACUGGAGGAGCUGCGAGAAGCAUUUCAGAAAGUUGAUAUUGAUGGCAAUGGUUUCAUCAGCUCCAAUGAAUUGGACCAGCUCUUCAAAGCAGCCAACUUCCAGCUGCCAGGAUACAGAGUGCGAGAAAUCACACAGAGCCUCAUGGCUCGUGGAGAUCUGAACAAAGAUGGCAAAAUUAGUUUUGAUGAAUUCAUCAUUAUUUUCUCCGAUUUGAAGAGUGGUGACAUUGCAAAAACAUUCAGAAAAGCAAUUAACAAAAAAGAAGGUAUCACUGCCAUCGGUGGAACGUCACAGCAGUACUGUGCAGGAACACAGCACUCUUACUCAGAGGAAGAAAAGUAUGCAUUUGUUAACUGGGUUAACAAGGCGCUAGAAAAAGAUCCUGACUGCAAACAUGUCAUUCCAAUGGACCCCAACUCUGAUGAUCUGUUCAGUGCAGUGGGUGAUGGCAUUGUUCUAUGUAAAAUGAUCAACCUUUCCGUACCAGACACCAUUGAUGAAAGAACAAUUAACAAAAAAAAGCUAACACCAUUCACUAUACAGGAAAACCUUAACUUGGCUUUGAAUUCAUCUUCAGCCAUUGGAUGCCAUGUUGUAAAUAUUGGUGCAGAAGACUUAAAGGAGGGGAGGCCUCACUUGGCAUUAGGCCUUCUGUGGCAAAUUAUCAAAAUUGGUCUAUUUGCAGACAUUGAACUCAGCAGAAAUGAAGCUUUGGUAGCACUUUUGCGGGAAGGAGAAAGUUUAGAAGAUCUGAUGAAACUGUCUCCAGAGGAGCUGCUGCUCAGGUGGGCUAACUACCACCUGGAAAAGGCCGGAUGCAAUAAAAUCAACAACUUCAGCUCUGACAUCAAGGAUUCAAAGGCGUACUACAGUUUGCUCAAUGAAGUUGCACCCAAGGGAGAUGAAGAAGGAAUUCCUGCCAUUCAAGUGGACAUGUCUGGACUAAGGGAAAAGGAUGAUCUCCAGAGAGCAGAGUGCAUGUUAGUGCAAGCAGACCGCCUUGGCUGCCGGCAGUUCGUCACAGCCACUGAUGUUGUCCGUGGUAACCCGAAACUGAACUUGGCAUUUAUUGCCAAUCUCUUUAACAAAUAUCCAGCUUUGCAGAAACCUGAAAACCAGGAUAUUGACUGGAGUUCAAUUGAAGGUGAAACAAGAGAAGAGAGAACUUUCAGAAACUGGAUGAACUCGUUGGGUGUUUCUCCUCGUGUAAACCACUUGUACAGCGACAUUUCAGAUGCCACAGUGAUAUUCCAGCUCUAUGAAAAGAUUAAAGUUCCAGUAGACUGGAACAAAGUGAACAAACCACCAUAUCCUAAACUUGGAGGCAACAUGAAAAAGCUUGAGAAUUGCAAUUAUGCAGUUGAACUUGGAAAGAACCAAGCCAAGUUUUCACUGGUUGGCAUUGCAGGGCAAGAUCUCAAUGAAGGAAAUCGCACACUAACUCAGGCUUUACUCUGGCAGCUCAUGAGAAGGUAUACUCUGAAUAUGCUUGAGGAGCUUGGAGAUGGCCAGAAAGUCACUGAUGACACCAUUGUAACCUGGGUAAAUCGGAUAUUGCAAGAAGCUGGAAAAUGUUCUUCAAUCUCUGGAUUUAAGGAUCCUAAAAUCAGUACUAGCUUGCCAGUCCUUGAUGUUAUUGAUGCCAUUCAGCCAGGAUCAGUUAGGUAUGACCUUUUGAAAACAGAAGACCUAACAGAUGAAGAGAAGCUCAAUAAUGCAAAAUAUGCCAUAUCUAUGGCAAGAAAAAUUGGAUCCAGGGUUUAUGCCUUGCCAGAAGACCUGGUUGAAGUAAAACCAAAGAUGGUCAUGACAGUGUUUGCCUGCCUCAUGGGAAGUGGCAUGAAAAGAGUGUAAAAUCCAUGAAGAAAGACUGUAAACAUAAGAACAGCAAUAUGCUUGACAAUUCUAAGCAAGAUGAAGUUUCGCUUGUUAAGGAAACAUACAGUGUUAUUCACAUUUUUCAUGGCAUGACACUUCAAGUAAAUGUAUCUGUCAGAGAGAGAACAAAAACUUUUACCCUUGCCUUUCUGCUAAAAUACCAGCGCCAAAGUUUCAUUCUUAAACAUCACAAGCAAUAAAAGAAUAUCCUAGUAACGGAGUCCCCUGCAUUUUGUGGCUGCCAUGCAUUCUUAUUGUAGCAUUUACUUUUUUGCUCUGUUGUACUGCAGCCAUGUUUCUUAACAUUUUUUCAUGAUUUUGAACAGGAAAAAAGCCCUGUUUGCUUGCUUGAGUGAAGUAGUAAUGACAAGGGGCCCUUUAUAUUUUUUCUUCUUCUGGUUUAAAAUGAUGAAAUAGUUGUUAUCUUCACAUAGGUCUGGGUACUUUGACCUUUUGUAGAGUAAACAUUACUCAGUUAUGGCUUUACAUUACUCGUCCUGGGCAUAGAUAGACUACGGAAGCAGAAGUUAAACAAUAAUGAAACAAGUACUUGGUCUGUUGAAAACUGCAUAAACUGUUGCCAUGUGGCUGGAAUUUAAUGAAUACAAUACAGGUACCUAAAUGUUUGCUGGUUAUGCUGCAAACAAGCUUCAUCUAGUGUUUCCUGCUUUUUUAUGCUGGGUUACCCAUACUUACAUCUACUGCACCCCAUUUCACUUUAGACCUCACACUGUGAGCCAGUAAUUGCUCAGUAAGAUUAAUGUUUGACCUUUUUACAGAAUGCACCCACAUUGUUAAUUUUGCUAAGGGAUAGCAUACUGUUUGUAAAUGCUAAGAUUGUCCUGCAUUUAAUUUGUAUGUGUUCACUAUACACGGUAUGAUGAACACCUAUUUAACAGCAUGUGAAGAAAGGCUGCUGCCACAAAAAACUGCUUAAGUGUGUGUAUAUCUAGGUUAAACAAUCCAUUCUUUUUAGUGACUUCCAUGAAAAUCUUUAAUUUCCUGUGGCAAUCACAUCACAUUAUGCAAAUGUUAAAUGGUAGUGUGUUAAGUAUUCUUGUCUAUCAAGGUGUAGUUUACAGGGAAAUGUGGCUUCUGUAUUGUUUGCUAAGCAUGGCAUGACAACAAUUGUUUUUAUACUUGCAACACUGAAUAACAACUUAAUUGUGCCUUAAUUUAAAACAUUAUUUACAAAUCUCAAUAAGAUGGUUUAAAAUGGACUUGCAAUUAAAAUUAGUCUUGUAAUAA